UCAGAACAUACGAACUGUGUGAUAGGAAGAACACGUUAUCUUUAUUAGAUCAAGCACCAAUUUGCUGGAAAGUGCACAGCAAUGCAUAAGGCUGUUAAGAAAGCAAGCAUGCUCUGAGAGACCUAGUGAUGUGCAAUGCACUUACCAGUGUGCCAUUAUGGAUAAUAGUAAAUGUAGUUCAAGGCGUGCUCUGGAUCACCUAAACAUCCUGUUCCUCGGGUUUCAUAUUUUCAUGCUGGUCUCUUGCUAGUAAAAUGAAAAGCUGUUCUUUCUAAAUUUGGUUGCCUUAUCAAAGUCUCAUCAGAUCAUUCUAUUGCACUUCGGUUCUUACUUGAUGCAACACCAAGUACAAGUUAUCGUUACCUCUCCACUGAAACUCCUCUCCAGAAGCCUAGCUAUGUCACACAACUAGCAUCAGUUCUCCCUUACCACAAUCCUAUAAAUACCUCAUCUAGCACUGAUCAGAAAACUGCACCAAAAUGGCUACCUACAUUCCUUUCAUCUUGUUUUUUGUUGUCUUCUCGACUUUCUUCUCUGCCAUUAACACCAAAUUCUCUGAACAGUCCCCUCUAACUAUAACCAUGAAAGGCAUGGAGAAAAAGACAGGCCUGCACUUCUACUUCCAUGACAUUUCUAGUGGAAAAAACCGAACAUCUACAACAAUUGCUCAGCCCCUAAACAUGACUGCAACUGCCAGCUUCUUUGGCAGCACUUCUAGGGCAGAUGUUCUGUUAAGAGAAGGGCCAGAACCAACUUCGAAGCUUGUAGGAAGAGCACUGGGAAUUUAUGCUUUUGCUUCUCAACAUAAUGCUGUGUUGCUUAUGGUGAUGAAUUUUGCUUUUGUGGACGGCAUCUACAAUGGAAGUUCCCUAAGUAUUCUUGGGCGGAAAGCCAUCUUUGAUAUUGUGAGAGAGAUGCCAGUUGUUGGAGGUAGCGGGGUUUUCCGGCUUGCUCGAGGCUAUGCCUUGGAAAAGACAUUUUCAUUUAAUCUGAAGGCAGGAGUUGCUGUCAUUGAAUACAAUGUGUCUGUUGUGCACUUCUGAGCGUUUCUUAUCAGUUUGCGGUACUAUAUUUUCUUUACUUUUACUUAGUUCUGCUUGUUGAACGUUUACACUGUUGUAGCAAUGAAAUCCUGGUAUUUCCUUGCAUGUUCAGAAUGGUACUAUUCCCUGACAUGGUAUCCUAUAAAUUUCUGUCUUACAUGAAAACUCAUUCCUACCAGCUGCGCUAUUUUUUAAUCCUAUAAAUAAAUUUGAUGCCAAGUCAAGGCAGCAGCCCUGGGAAUUUGGAAUGACCAGGUAAGAAUUGCUCACCUUCGAACUGUUGUUCCCUCAUAAUGAUAUGAUUUCUACAUAAACAUAUAAACACAUGAAUCAGUAUAUAUUAAAGAAAAUCAACUUACAGAUUUGUUAAACAUAACAUGAAUUUCAAGAUAUAUAUCGGGACAAUGAUCAACCCUCUGAUCUUAAAACAAUCUAUUGUCAGCUCUCUGAUAUGAUUAUCAGGUCUACUCAAUCUCGAGAAUAAACAGGAAACAAAAUUCAUAAACGUAACUCUCUCAAAAUAAUUAUGAGAAGGAACAGAAAAUUUGACAGAAGGGUCGGGAUUUGUUGACAGAAUAGGACAAAAAAUUGAGAGAGAAUUCUUAAAUAGG